AUGUCUCGAAUUGUGGCAGCCUUUAAUCGCACUGUUGUGGAAUAUUUUAGGAAAACCAGUCUCAAUGGUUUCGGCCUGCUUUACUUCAUACGAAAACGUCGAAUUCAAAGAAUCUUUUGGUUUUUGUUUAUCAGUCUGGGAAUUAUAUUUGCCAGCUAUGCAGUUUUUGCCAUGAUUCUGGAAUUUCUCAGUUACUCAACUGUAACAGAUCUCUCUGAAAUUGAAGCGUUGGAGGAGGAAUUGCCAUUUCCUGAACUUCAAAUUUGCAGUGGCUAUAGAUUUAGUCAUAGGAAAAUGCAAAAUUAUGCUGAGGAGUUAAGUAAAACUAAUAAUAAUUCCCAGAAUUAUUAUAUGAAGGAACUUUCUUUACUCUCUGCUUACUUUGAUCCUUUAUCUGUUAAACUAGAAGAGGUGGAAAAUGUUUCUAAUCUUCUAAGCAAAGAAAAUAUUACUGCUCUGUUGUUAAACUUAUCUCCCUCCUGUGAAAGAUUGAUAUUACGCUGUUCUAUAAAUCAAUUAGCUGCUAAUUGUACGGAAUUAUUCACUUUAAGUCUCGGCAAUAAAGGAAAUUGUUGCGUUUUGAAGAAGGAAAAUCUCACAGGAGAAAUGAAACUUUUCCUAGACUCCUCGAAUGAAGAUGAAUUUCCACUGGCUGACAAUUUUCCUAGCUUUAGUAUACAUAUACCAAGCUGGUUGGGUAGAAUUACCAUUAACCCUGGCGAAAUGUCAGCUAUAGAAAUAGAAGUUAUGGAACUUCAGGGAAAUCCACAACUAAAGCAAUAUUCUAUACAGAAGCGGGGAUGCUAUUUUCCCCAAGAGAGCAUAAGUAGGGAAAAGUGUCUUAAUGAGUGCAGAAUUAAAGCAAGUUUAAUUAACUGCCAGUGUGUGCUGCCUUUUCCCAUACAAUUAAGUAAUAUUCAGCAAAAAUAUUGCACUCUGGCAAACAUAUCCUGCCUACAAUUGGUUGAGGAGAACUGGUCACCAUCACAGUCCCCAAAAUGCCUGCCGCUGUGCAAUCAGUUAGUUUAUAGGCUAACCAAACGAGUCCAAGGACAUUUGCAUCCUUGGAGAAGUGAAUUAAAUAUUAAAUUCAAAACGCCACGAAGGCAACUAUACAAAACGGAUAACCUCUACCCUUGGUAUCAGAUGUUGUCAAAUGUUGGCGGAGUCCUGGGCGUUUGCAUUGGCUGCUCUCUCAUCAGUGGCUUCGAGUUGAUCUACUUUAUGGUGUUUCGCUUUUGGUUCAACUAUCUGCGGCAGCCAGAGAUUUAA